CCGUUCGUCUGAUGACAUCCUCUCAGGAUGCGUGCUACAUUUCCCUGCUGGGACUGGCGGAAUACUUUCGCACUUCGACUCCGCCAGAUAUCAAGAAGUGCAUCCAGUGCUUGCAGGCAUUGUUUACGUUCAAGCCACCGCUGAAGGUGGAAGCCCGUACCCACCUGCAGCUCGGACAGAUCCUGAUGGCUUACACGAAAAAUACGGACCUAGCGAAGAAUCACCUCGAGCAAGCAUGGAUUCUUUCAGAAAACAUCAAUAACUUUGACGACGUGAAGUUCGACACGGCCAGCUUGUUGGCACAGUUGUACCAACAGCAGGAUCAAAGUUCGCUCGCAAAACCAGUACUGCGGAAAGCUAUCGAGCUGUCCCAGCAUAAUGUUUACUGGCACUGCAAGCUGUUGUUCCAGCUAGCGCAAACGCACGCCACGGACAAAGAGUACACACUGGCCUCGGAACUGCUCGCAGUUGGUGUAGAAUCAACGGAUGAAUCGAACGCAACUUAUCUAAAGUCGCUGUUUCUACUAAGUCGCGCUAUGAUCAUGAUGAUCGAGCGGAAAACAAAUGACGUCCUAGCGAUACUGAGCCAGGCCAGCCCCAUCAUCGAUCACUCGAUUCAGAACUUUCACCUGAAGGAAUAUUUGAAGGUAUUUUUCUACGUGCUGCAAGUGUGCCACUAUCUACAGCUGGGACAGGUGAAGACGGUCAAAACGAGCCUGAAGAUGCUGCAGCAAAGCAUCCAGACGAUCAUCGCACCGAACUGGCCAUCGGACGAACAAAUCUUUGGACAAAACAACACGGAAAUGUUCAUGUGGCUGCCGAAGGAACAGCUGUACGUGCUCGUGUACUUGGUCACCGUGUCCCACUCCAUGAUGGCAGGCUACAUGGACAAGGCACAGAAGUACACCGAAAAGGCACUGACCCAAAUCGAGAAGCUUAAAUCUCAAGAAAACAAACCAAUCCUGGCGGUGUUUCAAAUUAUCCUGCUCGAACACAUCAUCAUGUGCCGGUUGGUGAUGGGUAACAAAUCGUUGGCUAUUAAGGAGAUUGCCCUGGCCAAGGAUGUGUGUCUUUCGUCGACUAACAAGUUUCUGCUGAAGAAGCACGCACCACAGCUACACUGUUUGCUCGGACUGUACGCAAUGUCCACCAGUUUGUUCGAGCACGCGGAAAAACAAUUCUACUCCUGCAUUCAGGAAACGACAGAACGGGAGCUCAAACUGUUUGCCAACCUAAACCUUGCCAUCGUGUACCUGCGGACGAAGCGAGAGCAGGAUCUGCGCAACAUACUCGAACAGAUCCAGCAGGAAAAUUCGCAGUGCUCCAACAGCCAGGCACUGAUGGGAAGCUUCUACUACGUGCAGGGAUUGAAUGCGUUCCACAAGAGUAGCUUUCAUGAGGCGAAACGUUUCCUGCGGGAAACACUCAAGAUGGCAAACGCGGAAGAUCUUAACCGUCUAACGUCCUGCUCGCUCGUGCUGCUGAGCCACGUUUUCCUUAGCAUCGGCAACUCGAAGGAAAGCAUGAACAUGGUCACACCGGCAAUGCAGCUUGCAUCCAAAAUUCCCGACAUACAUGUACAACUGUGGGGCAGUGCCAUACUGAAAGAUCUUCACCGGAUGCUAAAGGAACCGACGCAGGAGAUUGAAGCGUACAACAAUCAUGUAAACUUUUCCCAGAAUCUGAUCGCCGACCAGCUGAAGUGUACCAAAUUUCCGGAACAUGCGUUGAUCAACUGGUUCCAGGGCGAUCCACCGCUGCCGAUGUUGUCCCAGGAGCUUGCUGUACAGCCGACCGCAACGAUUAUGGCACCGAUAGCUUCCAGUUCCGGUGUACCGAUAGUGGUGCAACAGCAGCAGCAACAGCAACAACCGGGUGGAACCUAUGUACGAUUACCAGGAACGCUAAACCAACAAGUUAUGUUUCAGUAA